GUUCGCUAUCCUAUUUUUGGGCAGAGUUUACGUCAGGUUCGUUCGAAAAUUGUCCAGGACUCUGCCGUACAACCCCACCUUUCGCUAUUACUGGAGACACUGAGCCCUCUCAAGUUUAGAUGUCAGAUACUCCGAGUUAUCAGGGCAAGGCGUUGGGAACACGUCUUCUCAGAGGCCAGGGCUCAUGGGGGCUGCCGAGCAGACGAAAUCGACGAGCCGAUGGAGUUGAAAGCUUCUAUUCAUCAAGCCCUCGCAGGCCAGCUAAAAUUGACAAUGCAGCAACGACUGAGGCUGUUUCCGAUAAUAUCUCAGUCAAUGAUGCCGCAAACAGCCACCCACUUGGGGAUCUAAGCCAGCAUGGUCAAACGUUCGAACGUCCAAAAUUUGAAAUCACAGACAAGUCCCCAGGCCACUCCCUCCAGCGCAAAAGCGAAGAGCUGGCGGAUCCGAAUCCCAGCUUGGCCGGGCAUCCCCACCAACGAGAGGAGUCCAGUUUAUAUGACCCCAAGAAUGUUGAAAAGGAAACCUCAUCGGUAAUUUUGGCGCGCAAUCCGGACCAACAAAGUGACGAGAAGUUCUUUUAUCAGCCGGAGGCAUCAAACCCAGUCGAUGAUGUAAACUCUGAGGGUCCAGACAACCUGGAUAGGGGUGAGACCGCCGCGGUUGGAGUCAAAGCCGUCUCUAGCAGUAGGCAAUACGAAAGACCAUGGCCCCGUACACGUCGUGAGACCGGUAGCCACAGAUUUGGAUACAUCCCGCCAUCUAUAGCUGAACGGAUAUCGGCACAUGACGAACCGGUGAACCCUACCAACUUGAAUGUGCUUGCAAGACUGGGGCUGGCAUCUUCUGUAUCUCUGCCAUCCUCGGCACUAGUGGCGGAAGUAGAAGCUGGGGGAACUUCAAGUCCGUCAAUACUGUCGAAGUCGGCAGAACCAUCCCCGUUUAGUUCACACUUCUCGCAAGAGGCCGCCCAUCGAAAUCGACAAACGCUACGGAGAAAACCGCCGAUACAUAGAGAGGAUCUUCCAGCUCGACCGGCUCCAGCAGUGUUGCCCCAUCUUCCCAUAAGCGUAAGCCAAGAGGUUGACCACAUCGCACGGGCUGCACGGGACAUUGCGAUGCCAGCUGUUGCGCAUGUUCGAAAUUCUCCUACGGAUCGCGAGUUGGCAUUUAGACGCGAUGUUGUCGCCCCGCAUCCAGGAGGUGAUAAACUAAACACCAACCAUCUACAAGAUCGUCAACUACAUCCUGUUGGAGCAAGUUAUGAUGGCAUCGCUUCUAUGCACAGCUAUAAUACUGAAACACCUGUCGAGCCGUCGACAUUGGAAUCUAUUUAUGAGGAUGCUUCUGAUGAGCCAAUAUCGACAACGCCCAGGGAAGAGAAACCGGUGGAAAGGGGCUAUCAAAAGAUUACAGCGAGCUCUUUUGUAGAAUCUGCGAGAAAGGGGAGCGAAUACUUGCGUGGAAGCCCACGUCCACUUGAGCCAUCGGUGGCAUCUUCGGAUCUCCAAAGUUCUACAGCCAUCAAAUCAAUAGGGCGUGAGCCCGAAGUGCGUGGGAGUCGAAAACAACACGCAGACAAAUCUCAGGCAAUUUCUUCAUCAGAGGCCGUGGCUACUAAAGCGGGUACUUUAGAACAGCCAAAUAUGUCAAAACGAGGGUGGCCACCAUAUAAGAGAAGACUACUUGCGAAAUCCGCAUCGUCAUCGAUAUAUAGUCAACCGGAAUCACAUUCUUUGAUGUCUGAUAUUCGCGCAGCUUUUAUUCGUGGUGAGGACGAUACUCACAGAUAUGAGAGAUUAGGAUACCACCAAGAGGAUUCAAACGGUACAUUUGACGCUAUACCUUCAAAUCAAUACGUGAAAGAUGCAGAUCAGAAAGGAACAGCUCAAUUAACACAACCUCCAGAACCCAAAUCUCCCUUGGAACCAGCCAAUAUCAAACAGCCAACUUCGCAGUAUACUAAUAUUUUCGCUCGUCGCUCUCCUCGGAGAGCUGGUGCAAUAGAUUACACGAAAAUAGGUUCCCAGCAGAGGGCUAGGCAGAGAAAGGUGCCAUCUAAAUCAUCGCAGCUGCAAAGAUUUUCACGCAGAUUCAGAACUGGCCGUUCAAAUACUUCUUCAAAGAACACUGUUUCUGCCGAGGAAUUAUUGGCUUUGAAAGAAGCAACUUCAGAAGAAUAUGAAACAAACUCAACCGCGACUGAUGAGCAAAUGUCUGCCAUCUCCGAAAAAAAGACGCGAGGUCCAAAAAAUUGGUUCGAAGGGAUAUUAUCGUUUCACAAAAAGGGCACAGAUAAGUCUACAACUCUAUUUUCCAAGCGAAAGAGCGAUGUAAAGCUCAAUAGAGAAGUUGCCAUGUCUGGAUUUAUACCAUAUGAUAAGCAUGCAAGUCACAGUGGUUCUAUUCGAAAGAGAGCCUCAGAGGAUACGGAGAGGCUUAUUAUGAUGAUUGAAAAUCUUGAAAAGCGUCUUGAUGAAGCUCUCUACCCUGCUCAUAAAGUUCAUUAUGCAGAUGUUGCAGAAGUUGUGCCGCAACAGCAGAUAACUGGGAGAGUGGAAGCCCAUGCAAGGCGAUCCCCAAUUCGACAUACUUCACGUUAUAUCCAGCCAGGUGGCUCAGAGGGUUAUGGUGCUAUUAAGACAAGUGACCUCAGAUCCCGUUUCGAAAAAGUCUCCUAUGGUAGUGAUAAAAACGGUGCAAUGCGAAAAUAUCCUCUACCUCUGGCGUCUAAUUUACGCAGCAGCAAUGUCGACAAUAUGUCCAGGAGAAUGCCCGGUGCAUUGCCAGUCACGAGUACUGCGCCAUUCCCCACAGGAGUGGUGACGACGUUGGAGUCUCCAGAGCCAGAGCGGAGCAUCGUUAGUUAUCUCCUGAACGAUAAAGUCGCAUUGACCUCGCCUCGGGAUGCAGGAUCCGAGGCCUCCAUCGGGGUCCGCAAGAAGCCUAUCAAUGCAGAUUGUUACACACCUUCUGGAGUCAAGCCCCUCCGCAAGUCGCCGUACAAAACAACCUUCGCUGCGAACAUGCGUAAGAGAGCUACAGUCGUACCCCGAUCAAGGGACCGAGAGCUGAGCAAGGAGAGAAUAUUAAGAUUUGUCAAGGAGCAUAACGUCCCACCUAUCCAGCCUCGUCGAAGUUCUCUCAUUAUGAGAGUACCACGUCGUGACGAUUCCCAGGGUUCUGGUGGACUCCCUACUUCUCAAUAUAGUACAAGAGCUCUCAGGGUCCAUACAAGCAUGGAUGGCGCCCAUGAAGCAGAUGACGAGAUGGAGUCGGAAAUAGAAUACAUCACGCCUCGUCGCAAACCAAACAGGGCCAUCGUACGGCGCCACCGCAUCAGCUACGAAGAAGCUCACCAUAUGCAGUUCUUGCACGGCGAGAGGGAGAACUCGGGCCAGAUAUUUGAGUGGCCGCCUCAUAUCACAACCCCAGCGCGAGUUCGUGAUGAUGAUGAAGGGUCGGAUGGUAGCAACGAUACGCAGCGCGUCUAUGUAACGGCGGGAUCUCGCCAACAUAGGGGUGCGGGAGAUAUUUCUCCAGCGGAUGAGAGGCUGGUUACUCUGGCGGCUGGGUUUAGUGUUGCGUUCAUUUAUUUGCUCCUCUGCGUAUAUAUUGUUUUUGGCCCUGACAACAGGUAUGCUAUGUCAAUUUGAGGUGGUCUGGUUGCGUUGAUGGGAGUGUGGUGUACGGGGAUUCUGGGGGUUUAUUUCACUUGAAGGCCGGGAUGCCUGGGGUUAGUAACUUCAGCAAUGGUUCAGGCCAUUGAUAACAAUCAGGAGCGUCCUUGUUUGGGUUUAUUGAGCCUCAUUCGGGGGUGUUUUCGGCGAGUUUGGGUGGGGUUUGCGUGUGGGUUUCAUGAAUACGAUGGCUGAUGCUUGAGCCGCAGUCAAAUGCAGCCCGAAACUGGCAUCGUAACCAGAGCCAACUCACCGCAAAGCCGUGCUGCUUCCGUGUUCCCUUCGCCCAGUAUCCCCCGCCAGUACGCAGACGACCCCUUUAAUUUGGUGAUCCCCGAACCUCCCGUGACAAAAUGUCGAAAUACCAAGAAUUUUGUACAUUCAGAUAACCAGCCACCAAUCUCACAGCUGGGUCUGCCUAGUCUUGGGAAGCGCAUGAGGUUGAUAGACAGUGCAAAAGCUCGAGGCUGUUUACGCCGUUAAAGGGCGUUAAAGGGGUAGCUGUCCCAGAGGAUGAGAGUGAUCGGAUAGUAGAACCCUUUGGAUCGACGGGGGCGUUUUUUUGGUUAGGUAUGAGAGAAUUCUGCUUUAUUCUGGGAGUGUGGGGAGUGAUGGGGUUCGGAAUAGGGUGGUGUACUGUAUUAACAUUACUCACUCGCAACAUUGGGG